ACAAAUCCAUUCUGUUUCACUGGACAACACGCUGCGUCUGCGAAGACUCUGUACGUUAGCCAAAGAUGGCCGAGUGAUAAUAUCAACAGAGCACAUGGACUUGCGAAAUAGCCGGUUGGCUACUCGCCGUCUACCGGCCAGAAGGCGCGCUUGCGGAGAUCUGAAAUGCUAGCUACAGCUCUAAGCUAACGACCUGUAAUUACAAGUACAACGGUCUCAACACGAUGCUGCCUGGCGUAAAGCCUCUCGAACGCAGGGCCUUUUCUUAUACUUUUCAAGAAUGAAACUCAGGUCAUUUCAGGAGCCCCGACGGGUUUCGGAAUUACACCUUUAUUUUUGGAUCCUCUUUACUGGUGCCAUAUCUGCAAAACGCCAGACGGUGAUAUUUCGGGUAACGUUAGAUACUUGGUAAUCAAUAAUUGUUUGUUACUAUUGCUAUCUAUAAUCAGUUGGAUAUCUGUUGUCUCGGUGACACAAUUAUUACUUGGUAGCUAUCUGAUUAUAGGAUAUGCAGGACCUAUAAAACCGUCAUUUUCUCACACUCUUCCGAACCUUUUUGACUAGUUUGUCUUGUAUACGCCGCCCUCUUCCUGGUUGCCCCGUCAGUACCUUUUGCGAGCGAGUUCGUGCUUUUUGGUGCUUUCUCAUUGCUAGUCAUGGUAUAGUAGUACUACAAGCCCAUGCAUCGCCAGUCUGGACUGUUUAAUUCACCUUAAGCCUUUCACUCUGUUAUGAAGACAUUUUUCUGCCAAAGUGACGGUUGAUAUUUCGAAUAGAAGUUGGUGUACUACCCAACUUCCCGUUUUGUAUGCAUAUAGACCAGUACAAGAAGAAGAACAUGUCUCGUAAUAUUUAUAGUUUUUUAGACUGGAUCUACGGUGGGGUUGACCCGAAGUUUGAGGGUAAUGGGGGUCCGGAAUGUGCGGGCUUUCUUAGAACAAAACAACGAAUUGGAGAGAGCUUUUUCAUUAUUCUAUUAUCCGUCAUAGAGAUUGUUCUAGCACUACGGAAGAUCAGAAUUUCGAAAGAACUGGACAGAAUUGCAAAAGAGAGCGAGAAGACAAAGGAAGAUAGCUUUGGAAAGAACCUGUUGCUUGCGGCGUUGUGCUUGACGUUUGGAGUGGAGGUCGGGUUCAAGUUUGCAACGAAGACCGUGAUAUACCUCCUGAACCCAUGUCACGUGGUCACCAUGAUGCAGAUCUUUUUACUGGCAUGCCCUCCAAGCAAAACAGCGCUGGUUCUCUUUCGGCUCCAGGUCCACAUGCUGAAUGGCGCGCUGUUAGCCCUCCUGUUUCCUGUUGUCAACACCAGGCUGCUUCCGUUUGAAAAAGAAGUGUACUACAUUCAGCACUGCAUGCUGUACCUGGUCCCUAUCUACCUCUUCAGGAAAGGUGGAGUGUAUAAACCAGAGCCAUUAGGAGACGUUUGGUGGGCUGUCCUGUCCAGCGGGAUCCUGUUUUUCUAUCAUUUCACCUUCCUGCAAAUCCUCGGGCUGGUGACGGAGGUGAACCUGAACAACAUGCUGUGCCCCGCUGUGUCGGACCCCUUCUACGGGCCCUGGUACCGGGUGUGGGCCACGGGCCACCAGACCCUGCUGACCCUGAUACACGGCAAGCUGCUGACCGUGCUCUUCCACUGCCCCGGCCCCACGUACCGAUGCCUUCUGGCCUCCGCUGGGCUGCGCAGCAAGAAGAUAGACUGAGCGGCCUUCCGGAAAGUUCUCUCUGGCUUGGCACUUUCGAUGAUGUCACUGGGACUUGCUGUUGUUGUUUUUUUUUUUUUUUUGUUUAAUUGUUAUUCGUUUCCAGGUCAGUUCGAGUAAACGUGUGACUCUGCAGGGGAAGUUGCCAUGUUCAAAGUGUACAGAGGUUUGGGUGUUCAGCAUGAGCUGCGUUCGUUAGUUUGUUUUUAAAAAGAGGAAGGAAAAAAAACGGGUAUGGAAAAACACAGGCGAUGACUCAGUUUUCUCAGGAAGCCUCCUUUAAAUACAUUUACCUGACAAUGGAAAGGGCCAGCUGAGACCAAGCAGUUUACAGUUAGCGGUCCGCACACACACAUUGUGCCCAAAUGCAACAGCUGCUUUUGCAGUCGACAUGAAGUCUUGUUGUGCAUCAUGUGAUCGAGUGAAAUUGCUUUUAUAUUUUUAAGUGUACUGUUAUGACAUUUUUUUAAGCAGUGGAGGGGGGCUGUGGAUUUUUCUCCCUGCUGGUAUGGCUGACUGGGCUUUUCUUAAGUGCCCCGGUGACCUCUGACCUCCGCCAGUGUCAGCAGGACACCCACUCGGGCUCAAAGUGUUCCCAUUCCAUGAGGGAGCAGAGUGACUCUGCUGGACCGUGACCUUAAGGCUCUGAAACCGGAGACGGACCGUGAGGGCAAACCUCGCAGAUGGAGACAGAUCGCGGUGGGAAUGUCAACCCCGCUGCGCAGACCUCAACAAAGCCAGGGCUGUACCGUACUUGUGGUUUAAAAGGGAAAGCCAUUUUCUUAGUGGGAGCAUGCUAUGUGAGAAAUAUGCAGAUGUUUCAACCUUUUGUACUUUUAGUGAGUGAAGUUGUACUGUGCUGUCACAAAAAUAAAAAAGUUCCGUUCAUUA